AUAUGUCACAUGACAGAUUGCCAAGAUGGCGCUUUGUAUUGCUUAAUAGCAGAAAGUUGGAAAAUUGUGAAUAUACUGCUGCUAUUUAUUAUUCGUAAUUACAAAGGCAAUUAAAUAAACAAGCAAAUUUGAGUAACCUUAUAAGAGCAACAAAAGCUGGCGAAAAGCUUAAUAUUGAGAGAUUUAUUUGUAAAUUUGUCGUCUGCUAUUUACACCCCUUAAGAAAUUAUGGACUUUUUGGCUGAAAAUAAUCAUUGUGGUCAAACUAUUCUUCGUCUUGUUGCAAGAGGAAACGCAAUAAUAGCAGAAUUACUAAGAUUAUCAGAUUUUAUACCAAAUGUAUUCAAAACGCCUGAACAAACGAAAUACAACGAAUUGGUAUGCGAUUUCAGCUAUCUAAGAACUACAGAAGUAUUCGAAAAUAAAGUUAUUAGCAAAUCAGGUCUAGAAGAUUUGGAUGAAGAGCUAAAAGAAAAUCAUAUAGACAUUUUGACGAGAUUUUAUGGAGCUUUUGAAGGUGUUCAUAAAUAUGUUACAGAUUUAAAAAGAUUUAUCGAAGAUUUGGAUGAUGGAAUCUAUAUACAACAAACACUAGAAUCGGUUCUUUUGAAUAGCGAUGGUAAACAAUUGAUGUGUGAAUCAUUAUAUCUUUAUGGAGUUAUGCUUCUUAUUAUCGAUAUGAAAUUCGAAGGAAUUGUUAGAGAAAGGAUACUCGUCUCUUAUUAUAGAUAUAGCGGAGCAAGAUCUUCGUCCGAGUCAAACGUUGAUGAUGUAUGUCAGUUAUUAAGAAAUACUGGAUUUUCCAUGGCUAAUGGAGCGAAGAGGCCACCGCUGUAUCCCGAAAAUUAUUUUAAACGGAUACCAUUAAAUUCAACAUUUAUUACGAUGAUUUUAGGCUGUCUAAGAUCAGAUGAUAUCUAUCAUCAAAUUGCCGCCUAUCCUUUGCCCGAUCAUAGAAGUACUGCUUUAGCAACCCAAGCUUCAAUGCUCUAUGUUUGUUUAUAUUUCUCACCCGAUAUUCUUAAUAAUCAUACCGCCAAGAUGAGAGAAAUCGUUGAUAAAUACUUUCCUGAUAAUUGGGUAAUAAGUGUUUAUAUGGGAAUUAUUGUUAAUUUAAUUGACGCUUGGCAACCGUAUAAAGCGGCUAUGUACGCUUUAAACAAUACGCUGUUACCAGAAAAUGUUAAAGACAUUACUUCAAAACAAUCAAAACUUACGCAAGAACUUUUACCAAAAUGCAAGAAAUGUUUACAAGAAGGUGUACUAAGGGAAGAUUAUGUUUUAGAUUCAAUUCAAAAGCUAUUGAAUCUUAUUCGAGUUGCUAAUGUCACUUUAAGAUGGAUGAUGCUUCAUACAAAUAUUUUAACUAGUAAUAUGGAGUUGAAUAAACGUUGUAAACAACUUAGAGAUCUAGUUAUGACUGAAGGAAAGUGUAAUUUUGAUAUGAUAUUUAAAUUAUUGUUAAAUACCGCUCAAUUAGAAUUUAAAUUGAAAGAGAUGUUUAAAAAACUAUUAAACGAAAAAGAGUCUAAAUGGGAAUUUUCAAAAAAAGAGUCUAAAGAAAGAAUUGAAGAGUUAAGUGAAGUUUUUUCUGGCACAAAACCUUUGACUAGAAUUGAGAAAAAUGAUAAUCUCAAAACUUGGUUUAACGAAAUGGCUAAACAAAUUGAAUCAUUGAGUUAUGAUAAUUCAACUGCUGCUGGAAGGAAAAUUGUUCAACUUAUUCAAGCUUUAGAAGAGGUUCAAGAAUUUCACCAAUUAGAAAGUAAUAUGCAAGUUAAACAAUUCCUUACGGAUACUAGAGAUUAUUUAUACAAAAUGAUUAGAAUAAUUAAUAUAAAAGAGGAAGUUUUGAUAAAUAUGCAAAUUAUUGGAGAUCUGUCUUAUGCGUGGAUAAUCAUUGAUAACUAUACCCAAAUUAUGCAGAAUGGUUUAAAGAGGGAUCCUUUCCUUGUAACAAAACUUCGGGCUGCAUUCUUAAAAUUAUCAACCGCCUUAGAUUUACCACUUUUAAGAAUAAAUCAAUCCGAAAGUCCUGAUUUCCUAAGCGUUUCACGAUAUUAUUCGGGAGAAUUAGUUUCAUAUGUUCGGAAAGUCCUACAAAUCAUUCCAGAGACAAUGUUUGGACUUUUAGCUAGAAUUAUUGACUUACAAACUAGUAAAAUAAAAGAGGUUCCUACUAGAUUAGAUAAAGACAAAAUGCGUCAAUUUGCCCAAUUAGAAGAAAGGCAAGAAGUUGCACGUCUUACUCACGCUAUAUCCAUUUUUACCGAGGGUAUGCUUAUGAUGAAAACAACAUUAGUUGGAAUAAUAAAGAUCGACCCAAAACAACUCUUGGAGGAUGGUAUUAGAAAAGAAUUAGUGAAGCAAGUUGCAUUAGCCCUACAUACCGGACUUGUUUUUAAUCCUAAGGCAAAAACACCGGAACUAACAAUCAAAUUGGAUCAUGUUGCUAAAAAAAUGGACGGAUAUCGGAGAUCUUUCGAAUAUAUUCAGGAUUAUGUUAAUAUUUAUGGAUUAAAAAUUUGGCAAGAAGAAAUGAGUAGAAUUAUUAAUUACAACGUUGAGCAGGAAUGCAACAGUUUCCUUAGAACUAAGGUACAAGAUUGGCAGAGUAUCUUUCAAUCAACUGAUAUUCCUAUUCCAAAAUUUGGAUCUGUUGAUCAAUCCGUUAAUUUUAUUGGAAGAUUAGCAAGAGAGAUCUUAAGAAUGACCGAUGCUAAAACUACAAGUUAUAUUGAUCAAACAAAUUCUUGGUACGAUACAAAAACAAAAGUAGAAGUAAUAAAUGUGAAAUUAUUUCAAAAAUUACAAAAGAGCGUUGGAACAUGGGGUUUAGGCGGUUUAGAUAGGUUUUUUUCAUUUAUGAUCGUACAGGAAAUGCAAAAUAUAUCGAUAUUUAUAAAAAAAAAUGUUCAAAACGAUAGAAAUUUGGUUGAAGCAUUAAGUCAAGUAAAUCAAAUGAUUAAAUCAAAAAAUAUACCAACUAAUAAACUAAACGGUUUCAUUUACAAAGGAAGUAAAUUUUGGCAGUAUUUUCUUGAUAUUAUUUUAAAGAUUGGACAAUUACAAAUUUUAAGACGUCAAAUAACUCAUGAACUAUAUACAACUUGUAAAUUUCAAUCGAAAUUUUUAUCGUCCGCUUUGGAAACAUUAAAUAAGGGACUGUUAGCCGAUAUUGAACGCCAUUAUCAAGAUCCUUCGUUACCAUAUCCGAAGGACGAAAAUCCAUUAUUAUAUGAAUUAUCAAUUUAUUUGGACAAUUGUGGAAUGAGUAAUCCAUUGACUAAAAUUUAUACAAAUGCUACUCAAUUUAAUAUUAAUUUUCCGCUACUUAUGUUCUUUGUCGUAUUGAAUCACAUACCGAAGUUAAUUUAUUCCAAAUCAGCUGGUAACUUAAUUUCUCGAAAGUUAUCUGAUAGCAUUGAUGGAACGCCCUUUAUUAUUGGUACAUUUAGCAUUCUAAAACAAUUUCAUAAAGACAAUAUGAAUAAGUUUUUGUCUUAUAUGGCUGCUAUCGUUAACUUUCAAAUAGAAUCUUUGCCAGGAGCAAAAGUUUUUGAUUGGCCUCCCGAUUUAACGAAUUGUUUAACAUUUACUGAAGAUUUUGCAAAGUAUGGUGGAUUAGAGAAGAAAUACUUAGAAGUUCAUAUUCCUAAAUUUAUACUCGAUGAGUUUAGAAAUGGAGGUGGUUCGUUAUUUACGUAUGAGUUGUUUGGAUGCGCGUUGAAUAUGACGAAAUCGGACGGCGAUGAAUAUGACACCGAAUACGGAGGUGGAGAGAUCUAG